GUUGAGCUGUGGUAGAGAGAGGCUCGCGCGUGUGUGUGUCUGCCCGCAGAUUGAGGGCAGUCAGUAGACUCACCGGCCAGACUGCAUUCAUCGAUCCACCAGACGAACUGGGCAUGCACAGAUGCUGGCAACAGCGCCACUCGCACUCGGCAACACUCUGCCAUUCAUCUUGGGUAUACUCCUGCAGUUUGUGACCCAGGCCACAUGUACAGUUUGUACAUAGUCCUGUGUCGUGUGUGUGUGUUUCAGUGCAGUAUUCCUUUCCCUUUUAGUUUUAGUCUAGGGAAGGACUAAUCAGUUGUGUGAUUCCAGUAAAAUGGUCUGAUUUUCUAGGAUUACUUUCCAUGACUUUGUGCUGCUGUGUGAAGCCUCCUGAAUUUGAAACCAACCCGGCUGAGAUGUACGUGUACGUGUAUGGCUGUGUAGUUCUCUUCCAACGGCCUGCUGCUUGACCCUAUGACUCUUGCCCUCAACAAAGCUUGUCCACGCUGCUAGUCAGUUUGCACGUCAGCCAAGCUCAAGCUUUUUUCCAUCUCCCAUGUUGGAUUUAUGCGAUUUUUGGCGUCAAGAUCUCCAUAUGUGUUUCACCAGUCAGAACCCCCAACUUGGAUAACCUCUUUCGGAAAUUGGCUGACCAGUUACUGUCAAAGUUUGGUAGGUGUAUUCUGUCUCGGUUGGGAAUCUCUUACUGUACCUCCUGGCUUGGUCGUGAACAUCUCCCCAGUUGGCAUCUCAAGCUUACCCUUCAAGUUUGUCUUCCUGCUUGUCUUCUCAUAUUCGAUCAGAUGCCUCUAAAGAUGCCUGAAGCGCCAAACCUACAUGUACCACCUUCUCCCAAGCCGGGUCAUGCCCACAAGUGGGUGGUGAAAACAGAACCUUCCGACUCGGCCCCACCCAGCCCCAGCAGCUGGGUGCAGCUCAAGUUCAAAGUGGAGAAGUUUGCCCUACAGAAGCUGGGCGGAUACCCGGCCCAGCAGGAACUGGUUCCCUCCUCCCUGCCCCACCAUAUACCCCACCCCCACCAGGACCCCAUGAGGGCCCUGGCAGAGCCGAUGCAGGUGCACCAGCAGCAGCAGCAGCAGCAACAACAACAGCAGCAGCAGCAACAGCAGCAACAACAACAGCACCAGCAGCAACAACAACAGCAGCACCAGCAGCAACAGACCACACUGCCAACAUCGUCAGCAGCUGUGUCGUGUGGCAUAGACAUGAACAUGAACAUGAAUGCUAAUUACUCAGGCUAUAUGCAGUAUACAAUGCCCUCCGAGAUGCCAGUUCCUGUGGCGUUACAGCAAGCCCCUAUGUCUAGUCUUCCCACAAGUUCCUGUGAGUCUCCAUCACCCCCUCCUAGGGUCUACAAACCCUGCUUCGUCUGCCAAGACAAGUCCUCAGGAUACCACUAUGGCGUCAGUGCCUGCGAGGGUUGCAAAGGUUUCUUUAGACGUAGUGUACAAAAAAACAUGCAAUACACAUGCCACCGAGACAAAAAGUGUGUCAUAAACAAAGUCACCAGAAAUCGCUGUCAGUACUGCCGGUUCCAGAAGUGCUUCGAAGUGGGGAUGUCAAAAGACUGUGUUAGGAAUGACCGGAAUAAGAAGAAAAAGGUGAAGCAGGAGGUAACAGAGAGCCAGACGAUUCCCCCUGAGAUUGAAGACAUCGUGGACAAAGUGCUCCAAGCUCACGUAGACACCUUCCCCUCAGACCCAAUCGGUCCAGCCUUCAGUGUGCCUGAAGAAACAUCGAUGAACUUAGAUAAGUCAGAUACCAACCUCACCCUGUUUGGCUAUGUGACGGACAUGUCCUCCAAAGCCAUAAUCAUGGUGGUGGAUUUUGCCAAGAAACUACCCGGGUUCCUGGGCUUAACCACCCAGGACCAGAUCACAUUACUCAAGGCAGCGUGCCUGGAAAUCAUGAUUCUCAGGAUUUGCUCCCGUUUCAACACGGAAGACGGCAGCGUCACCUUCACCAGUGGCCUUAAGCUCAGCCACCACCAGUUGAAGAGCGGUGGUUUCGGUGGGCUGCUGGAGCCCAUCCUGCAGUUUGCCUUGGCACUCUCCAAGCUCAAGAUUGACGAGACGGAGGUGUCCUUGCUCUCUGCUAUAUGUCUCAUCAGUGGAGAUCGCUCCGGCUUGGAGAAUCCAGUUGAAAUUGAGAAACUUCAGGAACCCCUUCUGGAAGGCCUGCGACUCUACGUCAAGAAACGCCGCCCCCUGGAACCCCACAUCUUUGCAAAAAUUCUAAUGAAGAUCACCGACUUGCGGAGCAUCAGUGUGAAGAGUGCAGAGAGAGUGCUUAACCUCAAGCUAGAAUUACCCAACAAAUUCCCGGCCCUCAUCAAUGAAAUGAUCGACAGAGCUGACAACCAGUGAAAAGACAGGACAGCUGAUGGUGCAUGGAAUAAGCCAAUAAGAUCCACUCAAACUUCUUAGAUACGAAGAUUUGUUUGAAGAGUUCGAAUGCAAGUUUCCCAAGGAAGUGAGCAAACAAAGAGGAAUUUUAAACACCUUAACAACUGCUGGAAGAACUUUUUGGAAUCACGUAUAGUUUGUUUGUUCAGUAUUUAAGUACCCUCCGCAUUGUACGCAAUCAUUUUAUUUUACGGGACCGCCCAAGGAAAGAGUUUUGUGCUAAAUGACUUGUAAUGAAUCCCUUAUGUGUGAAUGUGUAGAUUCUCCGACCACAUAACCUGUCUGUAAUGAAACAGCCAAUCAGCUGGCAUAUUAGGGGAUUUCUAAGUGCUUCAGUAACAUCACACUUGUUUUUAAUGAAAUAUGUUGGCAUGUCUGAGUGUUCAUGAUGGAGGUCAAAUUCCUGAUUCUGGUUCAGAUUACAAAAAUCAAGACGUGCCCAGUUUAGUUGCCAGGAAGUUUUUAAGAACUGAAAUUUGUUUGAAAAUGCAAAAGAGAUCUGUUUUAAAAACAGGUGAACAUCUUCAUUGACACUUUCUUUAUUGAUGAUUUGCAUGGAUACUUGACUAAAAGUCGCCAUUUAUUGAGUGCACUAAAGUGGUUUUAUUUUGUGAUUUAUUGUACAUUUUUUCAGCUCUGAAGUGGGCAAGAAAAAAAAAAAAAGGAGUGAAAUUCAGAUUGGAAGGUUGUGACCUGUUGCGACAAGUGCUUGGGUUGGAUUGAUUCACAAGAGAUGAGGGGAACAAAAAGAUGUUGAGCACAUAAACCCUACCCCGCUUGAAGCUAACUCUGAAAGUCUAUUUCUACACAUUAGCUUCUUAAAUGCUUAAAUGUGUGUUUUCAUAGUGUAUAUAAUAGUUCAUAUUAAGUAUGUAUAGAUUGCAGACAUGCCUAUUGAGCGCAUAUGCGUACUUAAGAAGUAUGCAUCAAGAUGUGACCAUGUGGUGUGAAGACUGGACACUGCGUGUGGAUAUGUUCACAGGCCAUGCACAGACUUCAUCCCGAACCAAAGUAGUCUUUAAAAUGUAAUUUAUAGCAUUUGUAUUUCCUGAGGGAUUCCAACAGUUCAUAGAUUUGGUGAUUUGACUGGAUCGUGUAUCUGAUAGGCAGAUAUUGAGGAUUUGUGUGCUAUCUGCACUGAAGACAAAAUGUCCUUGUACAGAGGCACGUACUAAAAGUGUUUCCCCGUGACUUUAACCUUUCACCACUUGGAGCCUCUCAGAAAAGUGCAUUGUUCCCUGCCCGAGCAUUUUGGAUGUGUUGAAAGUUAGGGGCCAGGCAGGUCGCUGUUUGGUUUAAAAACCCCUUUUUUAGGAGUGGUCCCGUGCACGUCAGCCUCUUCAGCGGGUGCUGUAUGGACAUGAUCGAAGGGGGUAGCACAUUUUGAUGGUUCCGUGCGUAACCGGAUUGUGUACCAAUGGCACCUGCUGCUGUGGGCAUGUGAAUCAUGUGCAGUAAUCCCACACAGUUAAAAGAUUUCCUCGUUUCUCUGAUUGUGUAACAGCUCAUCUUGUGUUCCCCCCCCUCCCUGUUUGCUGUCAGCUUGGAGCUUUUGAAGCAGCUGUGCUGGUUUGAAUCCUUGAAGCUAAUGUAGGCAUUGAAGUGACUGAACUGUGAAUGCAUCCUUGUGCUGUUGCAUUUAUUACUUGGCAAGCCACUGUGACAUUUCAUUAAAAAUUUAGGAAUCUCAUUCCAGCAGAUCUUGCAAAUGCAUAUGAUGAACGUGCCACGAACAUGUACAUAGGUUGCCCUAUUUAAGACCAUCCAACCACAUGAUCGCUGCACGUUCACAGUCCUCCAGUCAUACAAGACUGUUCCAGAUAUUCUGCAGAAUAGCCAGCUUGAUACCUCUGUUAUUCCUGAGGGCCCCAGCGUGUGGGGUUGUUGUGUGUGGGUUGGUCCAUAUUUGACCUUGAUUUCCAUACAUAGCCAUGACUUCCUGAGCAGACGGGAGACAUUUUAGAGUGUCCAUUAUUUACCUGAGCUUGGUUCCACUCCUGUCAUGUUAGAGAUGCACUAGGUUUUGUGCAUAUUCCGCUGGAAACCAGUUGCUUAAACUGAGCACCAUUCACUUACACAAAAGUGUGCGUGCAUUUGCUAGCUUCUCAUUUGGCUUUUGCUAGUAUCCAGCCAAGUGCUGUAAACAUGAGUUACAAGUCACCGGAGCCACUUUUAAGUUUUACUCUAUUUUGGAUUGAGGAAUUUAACUCAUUGCUCAGUUUAUGAUGAAAAUAAACAUUGUGUAGAUAUUAAAAUGUUUGGUAUUCCUGUUUCUUAAACACUGUGCAAGAUGCUUUCAAAGGCCUUUAAUUCAAAAGUGGCUCUGGGAGCAUGUCAACUCAUUUUUGCAGAGGGGGUCACAGUUAUCCUACAUGUACUGUGAAUGUUACUCAAGCACAAAGUGUACUGGCUUUGGAGGGAGCUGAUGUUGAUUACAUGUGAACACCUGAAAUUUCUUCAUGUUUGGUGACCUUUGCUGCAUUGAGCUCUUCCAGUUCAUUUUUUUAAAUGAACAUCUGAAUCCAGCCUCAAGUGCCACCUUAAAAAGCCCAGUAAUUGAUUGCCUCUAUAUUCAUAGAAACAUCUCUUAGCUCAAACUGUGCUGGCUUUUUAAAGAGAGAACCCAAAAUGCAAAGCUAUCAAUUUGAAAUCAUGAGAUACAUGCAAUUGUAAACCACCUCAGCCUUUGACAUGGCUCAAGUUGUUGGUAGCCAGUAAUUUUACUCGUUCACAUUCAAGUUGGGUGCCAGACAAGUGUCAAUUAGUCAGGGUUUAUGGCGGUCAUCAUGUCUUAGUAUUCCUGAGGAUUAGGAUAUCCUGUGCUUCUUUGUUUUGUAUGAAUGAAGUUUUUAUAUAGUGUGGGCCAGGACCUGUGUGUUAAAAAAAAGAUUGAAUUUUGGAGUUUUCAAGUUUCAUAAAAUUCCCCCUAAAUUACACAACUCACCAAAUGUCUUUGGAUUCAAAAUCAUCAAAUUUAAGAAGCCCCUGGAUUGAAAAAUCCUGUCUCGUUUGAUCACUGUGUUGUUUGAUCCAUUGUUAUUCACAUGUCUAUUCUUCCGUUUGGGAUUCCUUGUUUUGGUGUCUUUUUUGCCGGUUUGUGCCACUAAAACCCUGAUCAAAUUAAAAUUUCAUCCAAGCAAGCUCCAUGAUCAAACUUUUCAUUCUUUGUUACUGUAGACUGCUACUUUUUAUGCUUGCUAUUUUACCUGAAAUUGUUUUAGAAGUGUUUGUGAACAAUAGAAUUAUGGUAGUGUAUCUUUUUGCUUCAGAACUGAAACAAAUUGCCCAAAUGUAGUAUUUAAAAUAUUUAUGACCAUACCACUAAGAUCUUAUUGAGAGAUGUUCAAAUGCACACUAGCUACAUUGUCAUGUCAAAUGUACAUGUACUGAGAUCCAAGAGUUUUUAAAUAAUUCCCCUUUAAACAUAAAGAAAUACUACACAAAUACAAAUUUAUAUUUUAGAAUCAUGAAGCUGUACAUUAUUGUAAAUUUUUUAGAUUUUUUUUUCUCUCUCUCUGUAUUUUUCAGUCUCAUUUGAAAAAUGAGUGCCAUAUGUGAUAUGGAAUCUUUGCCCCAAAGAGUGAAUAGAGGUGAAUCAUGUGCCAUAAAUCGCCAUAGAUACCAGGCUGUAUUUUUCCCCCCACAUUUAGUCAGUCCUUUCCAUUUUUCUCUGGCUUAAAGCUUUCCUAUUGUGAUUUGUUUUCUCUUACAAAGUAUUACUCUUAGUGAUUUAUGGAAAUUGGAUUUUUUUGUGAAAAGAAAUGUAGUUUUUUAAAGUCGGACAACUAUUUGAAUUCUAUGUUUUUGCGUAAAGCCAAUUGUGUUUAUUACAUUUCCCACUAACUUGGUUUCUUUGCACCUAGAGCAGAACAUUAUUUUAGGGAAACAAAAUCUCUAAAUCACAAAAAUAGUCCUGGAUUUUUUGAGGGAUGUGCUUCAUUGGAUUUGGAUACGUUUCCUACAUAAAUGUGUACAUUUGUAUCUUCUUCUUUUUUUUUAGAGUGGCAUGUAGACUAAACCAAGUUUGGUUUUGGGCAAAAAUUAUUGCCUAAAACCGGAAAGACUCCCGGAUUUAAUGAUUCAGUCGAGUUUAAGAAGUGAGAAAGUACAUUUUCUUUAUUCCUUCCAAAAGCACAGACAGUUUGCUAGACUUUGAUUGGUCUUUAAUAUCAACUUUUGUCCAUUUAAGUGUAUCUUUGAAAACCUAUUGCUUUUUAGUUGGUUUAUUUUGUUUUGCUAUUGAUUUUAUUUUUGUUGCUGAAAUAGUUGAUCUUGAUCGGUAUUGAUUUGAAAUACUGAUCUUUUUUUGCCUGGAAAGAUUCUUAUAAAAGUUAUCUUUUUUCUGAUAACAACUAUACUUGCAUAACAUUUUAAAUGUAAACUUGGCUCUAAUGAAUAGGAAGGUUGAAUGUCUUUUAAAUGGCUCAGACUGAAAACAGUGACCUCUGUAACUUUUUAACUUUCACAUUUGACACGUGAAGUAAUUCUUUCCUUGUGACAUUUACUGCACACACACACAAAGCGAAAACAAAAUAAUUCAAAUAGACUGUACAUGUAACUGUAUUUCUGAGGUUGAAAAGAAAAGGUACUGGCAUCAUGAGGGUUGGAGUCCACUGUAAAAUUUGUCAUGGAUUACAAAAUCUGUUGAACAGUUCUACAUAAGGGUGUAUGUGUUUGUUGCAUUUAUUUUCAUGUAAUUCCUUCAUCGGUAACCAAUGGAACACCAUAUCAAGACCCUGUCAAAGAGGGCACCAGUGGAGCAUUUUUACUUCCACAUAAUUUUUUCAUCAGUAACCAGUUGAAUACAAGAUUUUUUCCAACACUAAAUUUUCUAAGCUGAAGAUCCAACUACUGGGAUAUUUUUAAGGUAAUCAUAAUUGAGAGAAUUAAAUUGUAAAUCAACCUUUGUUGAAUGUGAGCAUUGUCAGUGACAAAUACAAUGUUGAAUUUAGUUGAAUAAGGCUGAUGUUUCAUUGUUUCAUUUAUCUACUGUACAUGUAUCCAGAUAAACGGUCAUGUAAAGUAUGCCCUUUUCAUCCUUUUCAUAUGAAUGAAAUCUACUCGUUUCUUGUGUCCCUACAUUUGUUGAAGAUACAGUGUUUUUGUCUUGAUGAGGACGUUGUUUGAAAAUCAUGUCAAUAAGUAAUUGUACUUUCAAAAUGAAAGUACUUUUUUUCUGAUAAAUGUCUAAAAACAAAUCAUGCCAGAAAUAUUUUGAAGUCAGUUUGUGUGACAAUACCUGAUUAUGCCAUAGGCUUGUCUGUUUAGCAUCCUUUACCUGCAUGUACAAAGGCAAAAGAUUACAAAAGAAAUUACUAAAUAAUAAGUUUCUGAUGAGCUUGUAA